AUGGAGCCGGGCAACUCCCUCAAAGCAUACAACGCCAAAUAUUGGGAAACUUUCAAUGAGAUCUUUGAUUACCCGACCAACCUGGUAAUUACCCAAUACAAGCGCAGUCUCUCGAUCGGACAUAGACUGAGGGACUUGCUCACGAUGAACCAAUCGACUUCCAUAGAGCUGUUGAUGCACCACAUCAACGAGUACAUCCGAGUAGAGGAUGAUGCGACCGCCGCCACCGCGAAGACGAAUCCGGUGGCAACGGACGAAAGGGUGGCUAGAAAAGUCCACACGGUCGGACAGAAGACAAACCAUCUAAGUGACCGCAUAGGAGAAUCAAAUUGUGGUCCGAAUCGUAGAAACCAGGGUAAAGGUCGCCGCAAUGAUCGAGCUGAUUACCCCCGCGAUGCCGUAGCAGAUGUGAAUAUAAAGUUGAACGCCCGAACAGGCAUCACCACGAUUUUUAAAAUCCCAAUUUACUACAUACUUAGCGAAAUCCGCAACAAGGUGUACGUCCGGUUUCCAGCCAAGUUGGGCGUUGCGCAGAAGGGCUUCAAUCCGCUGUAUCGCUGCACUUUUCAUAGUGAGCGAGGGCACCAUACAGAGAACUGUUUUCCCCUAAAACAACACUUGGAGGAGUUGGUUGCCGCUGGUCACUUGGACCGUUACAUUGACAGGAGUGUCAAGGCCGUGCACCAUGCUCCGGCUGAGCCAAGUGGUUUGGCCUCCCUAGAAGCACCCUCCGAAGGAGUAGUCAAUGUGAUCCAUGGUAUCGUUGAGCCAGCGCGGGUAUGCAAGCUCCGAGGGAUUAUCAAAAAAGCGAAACAUAUAAGGGAAGUCCUGUCAGUCUAG